UUAACGCUGCUGCUAUUAGUUUUGAAGUGCGACCUGAGUUAGCUUCUUAGCUUCUGGAGUUAAAAAAUGAAACAUAUAAUUCUAUUUGGGUUUUUGUUAAAGAAAUGUCUUUGAGCUGAGUUUGCUCUUGAACCCCAAAAUGAUUAGAAGCACGUGUUUUCCGCUCCGUUGCGUCCUCUUUCGCUUCUUCCGCAGCUUCUCCCGUGAAGUCCGGACAGAUCAUGUUCGUGAAUGUGCCUCCAAACCUGACCUCACACGGGAAGCUUCUCUAUACGUUCAUUGGCCUUAUUGUCUUAGGAGAUGCUCCUACUGCAACUUUAACAAGUAUAUUCCCAGAGAAAACAAGGACAGCAUCAUGACUGAGUGCCUUCAGAGGGAAACUGAGACGUUGCUGCACCUCAGUCAAGUUUCCUGCAUCACCUCAGUGUUCUUUGGUGGUGGCUCUCCAAGCCUGGCUGACCCGUCCACCAUAGCCGCAGUCCUCGAGACGGUUUCCAAGCAGGCGAGCCUCUCAGAUCAGGCUGAGGUUACACUUGAGGUCAACCCGACUCCUGCAGGGAGGAUGAAGUUGGAAGGAUUUCACCUUGCAGGGGUGAACCGUUUUUCCGUUGGGGUGCAGUCUUUGCAGGAUGAGGACUUGAGAAGUCUGGGAAGAGACCACAAUUCACAAGAGGCUUUGCAAACUAUUGAAGAGGCCAGGAGGCUGUGUCCUGGUAGGGUGUCAGUGGACGUGAUGUUCGGACUACCCAAGCAGACAGCUGCAUCCUGGGAAGACCAGCUGUCCAAACUCUUUACUGUGUGUGAUGACCACGUGUCUCUGUAUCAGCUGACCCUUGAGAGAGGGACGCAGCUUUUUAAACAAGUGCAAAGUGGAGAAGUGAGCAUGCCUGCAGAAGAAGUGACUGCAGAGAUAUACCAACAUGCCAGAGAGACUCUUCACCAGCAUGGCUUUGUUCAGUAUGAAGUGUCAAAUUUUGCCAGAAAUAACUCAGAGAGCGAUCACAACUUGAGCUACUGGAGAGGAAAGCAGUACAUCGGUGUUGGUCCAGGAGCACACGGGCGGUUCGUUCCUCUUGGGGAGGGUGUAGUUGCCCGGGAGGCCCGCACUCAGACUCUGGAGCCUGACGCCUGGAUCCGUGAAGUCCAACAGAUGGGACAUGGCACGCGGAGGCGAAUACUCAUGAGCCGUCUUGACCUGUUGGAGGAGGUGUUGGUGAUGGGGAUGAGAAUGGCUGAAGGCAUUAGUCACAAGCACUGGGACGUGUUUUGCCCUCAAAUGGGCCUUCGUGAAGUAUUUAGUGAAUCUAUGUGUGUCCAGGAGCUGCUGCAGGGCGGACAGCUCAUUCUGGAUGACAGGGGUCUGCGCUGCACGUGGAAUGGCCUGGCAUUACUGGACUGUUUUCUUCCAACUCUCCUGGCAGAGCUGCAAGGACAAACGCUUUAGACACAGAUCUCUGUGUACAGCGGCGAGCAAUUACAGACCCAGACCUACAAUGGAAGUUACAACUAAAAGAUCAAGAGGCAUUUUGGUUUUAGGUCUCUUUGAAGCUGACAGGGUGAUAUGUGAAGAGAAAAAAAAUGUUCAACACUUGUAGUUGACACAGAAGCAGGCAUAGUUCAGAAAUCUCUGAUCUCCUAAAGAAUUGUUUUUUAAUAAAAAUAUUUUUCAUAUG